AUGUGCCGAAUCGGCUUAGAACCUCAUUGGUAUUGGCAAAAAUGGAGAGGUCAGACUAAUCGUUUUUUUCUCUCUCUCUUUUUGGACACAGUCCAUUUGCAUUUCAAUUUUGUCUCUGUUCUACUCCCUCCAUUUCUCUCUCUCUCCCUCCACCCUCACACAGAAACUGAUCCGAUUUGCGCGAAAUUUAACACCCUCGCCUCCCUAAAAUCGUAUGAAAAUUUUCAAAAUUUUGCAUAUUUGGUCAUGUUUUGUGCUUUUCGAGAUCAAAGAACUUAUAAAAAUAGUACCGUACUUCUGUGUUGA